UGAAGUUGAAAUUGGCUGCCGCGCGGGGCUACGCGCUCUCUGUUACGCACGUGCUCCGGCUUCAUUUGACAGGGAUCGUCAGUGUUUUGUGCGCGUCUUUGAAAGCCGUGCAGCUCAGGGGGAAGUUGCUGUCCAGUGAAAGAUGGGAAAUAUGCUGCAAAGAAGCGCGGGUGCAUAUUCUUUCUGAAGACGCCCGAGCGGGGGCCCGGUGCCAUCGUGCGCAAACGUGCGUCGGAUGAGUUUACAUAGAGAAACAGGAGCUAAAAUGGCAGUUCUUGUCGGUGUUUUGGUCAUGUUCACACAAUUUCUGCUUCACGUCAAGUUAACAUGUUGCAUGGAGAUAGACUUCUGCAUCCCCGUUCUCCUUGAUCAUCAGAAGAACGAAAAACAUCUGCACCGGCGCUUGGAGCAAAACACUGGGAAACAAGUGGCUUUUAGACUGAGCGCGUUCAAACGGGAAUUUUACCUACACCUCACCUCGGAUUCUAGUUUUCUUGCAUCUGAAAACGUGCAGCAGCCCCAGGGCGAACCCAACGGCUCCGCUGACCUCAGGGAGUGCUUCUACUCCGGUGAUGUCAACGCAGACCCCAACUCCUUUGCCGCGCUUAGUCUGUGCAAAGGUCUCCUGGGUGGGUUUUCAUUCAACGGCAUGGAAUAUUUCAUCAGUCGAGCCAAAAAUGAAGAGGACACGUCUAAUUCAGUGAACUUUUUGGAAAGCGUGCAUAUCGUUCGCCGCCGUGAACGCGCUCCUCAUCCGGGCAUGGACCUUCUCAGCCGGUGUGGAGUUACACCUGACGCAAACUUCACGUUUUCCCUGGAGAAAUACAAACACAUAAGCCAGUUGGAGAUCGAUGGCAUAUCCGAGAACGUCCUGAAAUCCUUGGGGAGGUCCAAAAGAUUCGCGUCCAUACCGAGGUUCGUGGAGGUACUGGUCGUGGCGGAUGAAUCUAUGGCCAAGUUUCACGGCGAUGACCUGAAGCAUUACCUCCUGACCCUCAUGUCGGUCGCAGCCAGGCUUUAUAAACACCCCAGCAUCCUGAACUCCAUCAAUGUAGUGGUGGUGGGUUUCAUGCUGAUAAACGACGCUGACAAAGGACCGAAGGUUUCCAGCAACGCCGCUUUGACUCUGCGCAACUUCUGUUCCUGGCAGAAGAAGUUGAAUAAACACAAUGACAAGCACCCUGAGCACUGGGACACCGCCAUUCUGUUCACCAAACAGGACCUUUGCGGGGCCACCACCUGCGACACCCUGGGGAUGGCCGACGUUGGGACCAUGUGUGACCCCCAGAGGAGCUGCUCCGUCAUUGAAGACGACGGUUUACCCUCCGCCUUUACAACAGCUCACGAGCUGGGACACGUCUUCAACAUGCCCCACGACAAUGUGAAGGCAUGUGAGGAGGUAUUUGGGAAACUAAAGGACAACCACAUGAUGUCUCCCACACUGAUUCAGAUAGACAGGAGCCAGCCCUGGUCUGUGUGCAGUGCGGCCAUGAUUACCGAGUUCCUGGACAGGGGUCAUGGAGACUGUCUUCUGGAUCAGCCUCAGAAGCAACUAUCCCUCCAGGACAACCUACCGGGCUCCAGCUACAGCCUGCACCGGCAGUGCGAGCUGGCCUUCGGCCUCGGCUCCAAGCCCUGCCCCUACAUGCAGCCCUGCUCCAAGCUGUGGUGCACCGGCAAAACCCGCGGGCAGUUGGUGUGUCAGACCCGCCACUUCCCCUGGGCCGACGGCACGGGGUGCGGCAACGGCCAGCUCUGCUACAGAGGUUCCUGCACUCACAAGAACGCCACCGUGCAAAUCAAGGUGGAUGGACGCUGGGGGAAGUGGGGUGCCUUUGGAGAGUGUUCCAGAAGCUGUGGCGGAGGAGUUAAGCUGGCCAAGAGAGAGUGUAACAACCCUGUCCCUGCAAACGGAGGAAAAUACUGCUACGGCCAGCGCGUCAAAUACAGCUCCUGUAACCUAAACCCUUGUCUUGAAACAGGCAAGAGUUUCCGUGAAGAACAGUGUGAGGCGUUCAAUGGUGUGAACCUGAAUGCCAACAGGCUGGGCCCCAAUGUGGUGUGGGUUCCCAAAUAUUCAGGAAUCUCUCCAAAGGACAAAUGCAAGCUCAUCUGCCGUGCCAAUGGGACAGGAUACUUCUAUGUUCUGGCUCCCAAAGUUGUGGACGGGACGCCGUGCUCCCCUGACACCACUGCCAUGUGCGUUCAGGGAAAAUGUAUCAAGGCAGGCUGUGAUGGCAAGCUCGAUUCUAACAGGAAAUUUGACAAGUGUGGUGUGUGUGGCGGGGACAACCAGAGCUGCAAGAGGGUCUCAGGAAUGUUCACAAAGCCUGUUCAUGGCUACAACUUCGUGGUGAUGCUGCCGGUUGGAGCCUCCAACAUUGACAUCCGUCAAAGGGGUUACCAAGGAAUGGUCAACGACGAGAACUACCUUGCUGUGAAGAAUCGUUACGGCAAGUACAUCCUGAACGGCAACUACGUGGUGUCAGCCGUGGAGCGUGACCUGCUAGUGAAGGGCAGCCUGCUGCGCUACAGCGGCACCUCCACAUCGGUGGAGAUUCUUCAAGCCAAAAGACCCCUGCAGGAGCCUUUGACCGUGGAGGUCCUCUCGGUGGGGAAGAUGACUCCUCCCAGGGUGCGCUACUCCUUCUACAUCUCGAAGGAGACCAAAGAGGAGAAGACUCUUCGGAAAGAGGAGAGGAGCCACAAAACGCAGAACAGCGUCUUGGCCGAUAGAAACAAAGUCGAAUCUAAGAAGGAGGUGAUGAGUAAGAGGCCCAUCAGCCACUGGGUAACAGGAGAUUGGAACAAAUGCACUGUGACUUGUGGGAAUGGUCUCCAGAGGAGGAUGGUCCAGUGCCAAAGCAUGGAAGGACGUCCUGCAGCGGACUGCGGCAUUACCGACAGGCCGGUGGCAGUGAGGGCGUGCGGAGAUCCAUGCCCCAAAUGGGAUGUCGGUAUCUGGUCUCACUGCUCCAAGUCGUGCGGAAGGGGCUUCAAAAGGCGGCCGGUACGUUGCGUUACAGAGAAUGGCCUUAAUCUCCCAAGAGACCACUGCUCUGGUAGAAGGAAACCUCAAGAACUAGACCUUUGCAACUUGAUGGUGUGUUAGUGCAGAGCAGAUUCAGGCAUGCAUUCGAGGCAGAACCUAGCUGAAGAUGAUUCAUAAUUGUGUCGUGAGCAAAUAUGCUCAAUCGCAACCUGACUUUCUUUGAAAGAGUCUUAUAAGACUUGUGUAAAAGAAGUGUCAAACCAUUUGAAGCAGGUUCAAGAUGUGGUUAGUCUACCUCUAACAUGAUACCUGUGCAUGUGAGUCCUUUUAAAAUUGGAAUAUGUAACAUCCCUGUUUGGUCACAGGGACAGCAUUUCAGAAUAUGCUGUUGGCAUCAUGUUCAGACAUGCCCAAACACACAUUGUCAUGUUACAAACUACUCUAGACGGUGCAGAAAGUUAUUAUGUAGGAGGUUAUGUUACUUUAUCAUCAUUCCUAUCCGGCUGGAAGCAAUGCUGUUUGAAUAAAAGGUGGUGAAGGGGAACAUAUGCAAAGGGGGAAAGAGGGUGAUCACGUGGACAUGAUUUGUUUAUCAAAUUGUACACAGUCAUUUCAAUGAAAGAAAAAUCAGGUUUGUGUGUUUUAACCAAAAGAUAAUCUAUUAUUCUAAUAGAAAUCAUCACUACUACUCAUUACUGUCAUUGUAGACUUUGUUUUACAGUUGCCAUGUUUUUACCACAUGGACAUAUAGUUUUGAGAAUAACUUCAGAGAUGUUUACAAAGAAGACAAGUCGGUAUGUAUGUCUGAUUCUCAAUUAGUUAAAUGCCGUGGAAGGUUAAAAAAAAACAAUUCUUCAAAUAUCAUUAAAGUUUAAUGUACUUUUUCUUAUAUGACUUUCGUUGUACAUCCCCAAAAAAGAGGAUAAGAGAUUUAGCCACGGUCUCUUAUCUUAAUGAAAGCCGCCUGAGGUGAAAUUGUGGCAUAAUCAAGGCGCGUGAAUGCAUCUAUAAGGGUUUAUAUGCAUCAGUAGGAUAAAACUCAGUUGAAUGUUAUAAUUAUACUUAAAAAGCAGCAUGAGAUAGAACACUACAAUGAUACAUAAAUCAGUACAAAUUACACCAAUACAAAAGACCAUUCAGCCUUGUAAGUUAAAUAUAAAAUUAAAUAGUAUUUGCCUAGAAAUCCAGACACAAGUAAUGAGUGCAAUAAAAUCAAGUCUGGGGCUUAUAUUUGAAAAAAUAUUUUAUUUUGAUCAGUGUUGGCCUGUUAAUUCUCUGUUUUUCCAUAAAGACUCCUUUUGCAGUUACUUUUCUUAUUAUUUACCUCGAAUAGUAAAGUCCAUUGGUCUAUGUUUGUAUUUUCUCCCCUCGUAUCUAUGGAUUCUCCCCAGGUACUCCGGCUUCCUCCCACAGUCCAAAAACAUGCAUGUUAGGUUAAUUGGAGACUAUCAAUUUAACCGAGGAAUGAAUGCGCGCGUGUAUGUGUGUGUGUGUAUAGUUGUUUGUCUCUGUGUGGCCCUGUAAUGGACUAGCAACCAGUCUAGGGGCUGGGAUAGGCUCCAACACCCCCAUGACCCUUAUAGGAAUAAACUGUACGAACAAUGGAUAGUUGCUCUGUCACUUCUUACUCUUAACAAGAAUUACUCCAUAGAGUUUUUUUCAAUAUUUGUUUGUUUAUUUUUUAACUUUAAAAAAAUGUGGAAUCUUUGCUUGUUUUUCAGUGUCAUAACUGUCAAAGUUUUUAUGGUUUAAUCAUUUACAAGUGUUACUUCCUAUUGUGAAAUUUAUAUAGUCCAACUAAUAUUGGACUUUUUAAAGAGAUACAAGCAUAUUAGUCCAACUGAAAUAAAACAGAUAUUACAAUGUCAGACCAAACAUACACAAAAUGGAAAAAGCCCAAUAGUAACAAGACCAAAGAGGGCAUAUCACUGGUUGUAGUGAAGAGUACACUGUACUUCAAAUAGACCCCUUUCAUCAGAAGGAUAGCAACAGUUAAAUAACCUAGCUGAGCAAUGGCUGUAACUUAACUGCGCAAAGAAAAGUACUGUAUUUUAAAGCGUAAAGAAGAAAAGAGCCUUAUGAAGGAGUUCUCUGACAAUAUUACAAUUAAAAGAGGAUGCCCAGUAAUUUCAUCCUCAUAUUUUUCUCAUUGAUAGUAUAUAUUCCAGACACGCAUUCACAGAAAAUUGACCUCAAGCUGUAAAUAUUUAGUUAUAAUCUUCUUUUAGGUUAGACAGCUAUGCCUAUCUGAAUUUACAUAAAGUUAGGCAAGUUCAUCCAUUGGACAGAAUUUCCAAAAAAAGCACCUACAUUUUGUAACUCGGCACAGUGAAUCAAUGCUAAUUUGUUUUUGCCUUUGUGGAUAGUCUCAAUAUGUACUUUAUUAGAGAAAAAAUAUAUUUCAGAGGGACCAGUUAUACCAUCUAAAGGGUGGAAAUGUUGAAUUAUCUUUCUCAGUUGUCUUUUUGUAAUUGUAUACUAUGUAUACAUUCACCUGUACAAAAUAAAGUAUAAAAACAUAAGA